AUGUUCAUCAAGGUAUUUGCUGUAUGCGCGUUGAUCAUUGUUGUCAGUGCACAAAGCCAGUAUGGGCAGAACCAUUAUCAGCCCUACCACCACGAGGAGGAGCAUUAUGGUCCCGCACAUUACGAGUACCAUUACGAUGUGCAGGAUCACCAUACAGGAGAUUUCCAUGGGCAGCAGGAAGCUCGCCAGGGAGAUAAGACUGAAGGACAGUACUAUCUGAUCGAUGCCGAUGGCCACAAGCGUACGGUGACUUACCACGUUGAUGGCAAGAGCGGUUUCAUUGCUGAAGUUCACCGCGAACCGGUUAAAGGCCACCAGGCUCCGCAGCAGUUGUCGUAUCACUAG